UAAAGACUCUUGUUAGCGCUCUAAAAGCUUAAGUUUUUCUUAUUUUCUUCUCACACGCUCGCACUCUGCAUUACACUCAUCUCAAAUUUUACGACGAGCAACCGCAAUUUAUAUAAAAAUGCUUCCGCUACGGAAUCAGUGGUUGGCGAUUCAUCUUUGUAAUAAGAACGUACUCAGUAAAAGCACAGCAAGAAUAGUAAUCACAGCAACAAUAAAUAGAAGCAUAACAAAUUUUAAGCAAAGCGAGCAUAGUGGAAUAACAAAACACACUGCAGUCACCACCAGCAACACCACCAACGCCUUCCAUUCGCCGGUAGGGAGCCUCAGACGUUACUUCCAAACUCACUUUGUCUAUCCACUGACCGCAUUUGCUCGCCCUAAACGAACAAUAACAACAAAAAUGCCAAACACAAGUGACGAUACGAGUAUACGUAACUAUUAUAAUGUAGCUUUAGAAUUGGUAAUGAAAUGUGGUCCACUAGUACGUGAAGGUUAUAGCAAUGCUAAUGCGGAUUUUAAACAAAAAGCAGCAUUUUUUGAUUUAGUCACUAAAUAUGACAAAGAUAUUGAAGAUAUACUCGUUGAGGGUUUAAGCAAAGCUUUUCCAGAAUCGAAAUUUAUUGGUGAGGAAGCUGUAGCCGAAAGUGGUAAAAUGCCAGAGUUGACUGAUGCGCCCACAUGGAUUAUUGAUCCAAUAGAUGGUACAACAAAUUUUAUACAUCGCAUACCAUAUUGGUGUAUAUCGGUCGGUUUGGCUCUAAAUAAGGAAUUGGUAGUGGGUAUUGUGUAUAAUCCGAUUGCAAAUGAAAUGUACUCAGCGUGGAAGGGACACGGCGCUUAUUUGAAUGGACAACGUAUUCGUGUUAAGAAUUGUACCAAAAUGAACCAUGCCGUUUUAGCUUAUGAAAUCUCGCUCGUCCACGCACCUUUAGUACGUGAUAAAAACGUUAAACGUUUUUCGAAACUUGCUGCUAAUAGUUUGGGUUCUCGUUGCAUUGGCAGCGCAGCAUUGACGCUCUGUUACGUCGCUCGCGGUAGCUUUGAUUGUUAUCAUGUGGAAGAUCUACAACCUUGGGAUAUAGCAGGUGGUGCAGUUAUAUUACGUGAAGCCGGCGGUGAUCUCUAUCACACUAAAGGUGGUGAAUUUCAAAUAAUGAAGCCUAACUUGAUAGCGGCAGCUACACCAGAGUUGGCAAAGGUUAUGGUCGGUUUGAUUGAUGAGGCCGAUGCUUUGACACAUUUCACGUUUAAAUAAUUAUUUAUAAAUUUUACUUUAUGGCGAUUUCGUUUCUACAAAACAUUUGGCCUUCUCAUCGCCCUCUUUUUAGUGUUUGUGCCUAGAGGGCAAGGAGAAGGUUGCAUUUUUCGGUAGAAACGAAAUCGGCAUUAGCUUCAAAGUAUUGCAAUUUUAUUAAAAUAAAAUAUUUUAAAACUUACAUUUGGCGGCAUUCCAUGACUUU